UGGUUCUUCUGGGUAAUAUCCUCCCCCAACUAACAUCUUCCCUAAUCUUUCCAGCUCCUUCCUUCCUUCCUUCUCCAUAUAUGCCCCCUCCACCCGAAGCUUUCUACCACUAAUAAUAGAACACCAUUUUUAGUACUGAAACAUUCAGAAACCUGGAGCAGUUCGGCUUUAACAGUUAAUUGAUUGUAUUUAAACAGAUCAUAUAUUGAAGAACGAUUCUUUGAAGCUUCUGGAGAGAAGCUGCUGGUAGGAUAACUCUGGCCGACUCUCUGGUGCCACUUCCCGAUGCCGGAGCAGGCGUUGGUCCUUUGUUAUCCGGCCCUUGUUCUUCUUGGUCUUCUACUCGGGCAUUGAUUUGGUGUCUUCCCAUUGAUUACGGCUAACUCUUGAUCAAUCAUCUCCAAUGUAAUAUUUUAAAUUUUCAAGAUUUUCUCUUGCAAUUCAAACUCAGUUAUCAACUGCUGGAGGUGUGAGAAUAGUUAAAAUACUUUUGAACCAAGAAAGAAAAAGACAAGGAAUUCAGGGUGAUCUAUUCUGAGAUUCUUGCAAGAAAUCUAAAUUACACGAAUCUCGAAAUGGCAAAACUUGGCUGCUUAUAUGUAUUAAUCGGGCGGAAGAAGAAAGAUAAGGAGGAUACUAGUUAUUCAAAAAGUAUUGAUUUCAACAAAGGGCUUAGGUCCCUGCAAAUUAGGUUCGAGAGCUCAAUGAAACCUUCAGAGAGCGAUGAAUUGAAGUCCAAUUCUGUCAGUAUCUCUGAACCUCUACAGAAGAAUUAUCGUCCUGAUACCAAGGUGAAGAGACCUGAGAAUCUUGACAGCAAUGAAGUAGAAGUAGCCUAUGAAGGGGAGGAUGAGCAUGAAGAAAACAACUCGAUCAAGAGAGAGCUCUCCGACCUCGAUCUUCAGGCCCACGUUGCUAAUUCUGGUGAUCUAGAUUCUCCUCAAAAGUUUGCCGAGUUGAAUUGUUCUAAUUCAUUUGAUACUCAGAUGAAUGAACUUGCUGUGAAAAGGGCCGGGGGAGAUUUUACUGAGAGGAUGCAAAGUGGACAUAUAAGUGAUCCUGGGAUUGGACAGGCAGAGUUCUGGGCGCAGCCAAAGCUUAAGCGCUCUUGCUCUAAUCUGGAAACGAGUAAUGUGCUCCAAAAGAUUGGUGAGUUACCUCCUUCAAAAUCUCAGUCAUUUGAAAAAUUGCAGGCCUUGUCGAAGAGUGUGAGGAGGCAAGUGUAUCCCAACAGCCCUGCAUCUGUAAUAUCGCAUUGCAGCGCUGAUAGAGUGAUGUUAAAGAAGCAUUCUUCGAGCCAAAUUCUACCUUCCAGGAGUAGAAGGCUGUGGUGGAAACUGUUUCUCUGGAGCCACAGGAACCUUCACAAACCAUGUACCCAGAGAGUAAGACCAGUUGCCGUCAGUGCUGCUUUAAACCAGCAAGGUGGGUACUCAUCAGACACACUUGAACUAAACCAGGCCAUGGCAUCAAGCAAGAUUGAAUCACCUGGAUCAUUUACUGGACAAUCUUUUAAAGAAGGAUGCAGCAAGGGACAUGAUAAUCAGAGCUGGGAUGGUUUUCAUGGUGGAAAUUCUGGUUUAUGGCCACAGAACCAAUGGGUUGCUUUCCCAAUGGAAUCAUCCUCCUUUGCAAGAGUAGACAAGUGGGUGAAAGACCUUGAGACUGAACCCCAGCCCCCACCCGAUGGGGAUGAUAACCAUGAUGAGGACAUUGUUUUCCCUCCCUCUCCUGAAAAUGGCCGAUCACCCCGCACAACCCUUUUAGCCAGGCGUUCAGAGAUCAAUCUGUCAGAGGAGAUUGUUUAUGCCAAUAGUGUCAUCCAGUCACUGAACUCUUCCUCAAGUGUGGCUCACAUAUCAGGCAUUGGCUUGAAAGCUGUUCCUAUGAUAGCCGGCUUCUAUAGCCUUCGAACUGUUAACUUGUCAAACAAUUCCAUAGUUCACAUUACUCCAGGAACACUGCCAAAGGGCCUUCAUGUUCUCAACUUGUGCAGAAACAAAAUCAGCACUAUCGAAGGACUGAGAGACUUAACCAGGUUGAGGGCUCUUGAUCUCAGUUACAACCGAAUUUCUCGAAUUGGACAAGGUCUGUCAAACUGUUCACCAAUCAAAGAACUCUAUCUUGCUGGUAAUAAGAUCAGUGAUGUUGAGGGUUUGCAUAGGCUCCUAAAGCUGACAGUGGUAGACCUGAGUUUCAACAAGAUAACCACAACAAAAACUCUGGGCCAGCUUGUUGCUAACCACAAUUCAUUGCUAGCCCUGAAUCUUUUGGGUAAUCCAAUUCAGGGAAAUAUCGGUGAUGAGCAGCUGCGCAAAGCAGUUUGCGGUCUCUUACCAAAGCUUGUGUACCUGAACAAGCAGCCAAUCAAACCGCAGAGAGCACGAGAGGUGUUCACUGAUAGCAUUGCCAAAGCUGCUCUGGGGAACAGCGGUUUGAGCUCUCGUAGAAAAGCAGCGAAAAGAGCAAGCAUGGUUCUGUCACCAUCCUCCAGUGGCCGUAGCAGGAGCAGUAUUGGUGCUGCCCAGAAGAGCAGAAGCAGAUCCAAGAGCCGAGUCCAUCAACAGUUGAAUCGGGCAGCAGGAGCUUCUUCAUCUCACCAAUAGUUGUUUCCUUUCAUGUAUUGUCGCUCCAAAACUUGUGAAUAUCUCUGAAGGAUUGAUUAGAUUUGAUAAUUUCCUUAACAAAGGAUUAGAAAUCAAUCUUAUGCUAGUUUGUUCAAACAGUUGGUGUCAGUUAUGAAGAAUGUUCUCUGUAAUGUUUGCUUUUUUUGCUGUUUAGUUUGUUAAACAUCAUUCACAAUCAAUGGAACCAGGAUACAAUGAAA